GGGAGACGAGCGGUGUCAUGGCCGCCGACAGUGACGAUGGCGCAGUUUCAGCUCCCGCAGCUUCCGACGGUGAGCGGCUUCCCAGAGGUAGCCUUCAAAGCCUCUGCGCUCUGGGAGAGGGGAAGGCCUCGGGCUCAUAGUUCUAGAGGCUCCUCAAGCUUCAGAGGACUGCUCCUUCCGCCUGAACUAGCCACGAGGAGACUACAAGUCCCGUUGUACACCGCGGCUCCGGCCGCAAAAGCCUGGAGCGUUGGGAGCAUGGGGCUGAUGGAGGCAUGGCGGGAGAUGUAGUCUGGAGCUCAUAACGGUGGCGUCAGCAAAAGCACAACAUCUGGGGAGGAGCUAGUAGUCCAGGUUCCCGUAGUGGAUGUGCAAAGCAACAACUUCAAGGAGAUGUGGCCAUCCCUCCUGCUAGCCAUAAAGACAGCUAAUUUCGUGGCUGUGGACACGGAGCUGAGUGGGCUUGGGGACAGGAAGAGUUUGCUGAACCAGUGCAUCGAGGAACGUUACAAGGCCGUGUGUCAUGCUGCCAGGACCCGUUCUAUCCUUUCCCUGGGCCUCGCCUGCUUCAAGCGGCAGCCAGACAAGGGUGAACAUUCCUAUCUGGCUCAAGUGUUCAAUCUCACUCUGCUGUGCAUGGAGGAGUAUGUCAUAGAACCAAAGUCUGUGCAGUUCCUGAUACAGCAUGGCUUCAACUUCAACCAGCAGUAUGCCCAAGGCAUCCCCUACCAUAAGGGCAAUGACAAGGGUGAUGAGAGCCAGAGCCAGUCAGUACGGACCCUAUUCCUGGAGCUAAUCCGAGCCCGCCGGCCCCUGGUGCUACACAAUGGCCUUAUAGACUUGGUGUUCCUGUACCAGAACUUCUAUGCACACCUCCCUGAGAGUCUGGGAACCUUCACCGCUGACCUGUGUGAGAUGUUCCCAGCAGGCAUUUAUGACACCAAAUAUGCUGCUGAGUUUCAUGCCCGUUUCGUGGCCUCCUACUUAGAAUAUGCCUUCCGGAAAUGUGAACGGGAAAAUGGGAAGCAGCGGGCAGCUGGCAGCCCACACCUUACCCUGGAGUUCUGCAACUAUCCUUCCAGCAUGAGGGACCAUAUUGAUUACCGCUGCUGCCUGCCCCCAGCAACCCACCGUCCUCAUCCCACCAGCAUCUGUGACAACUUCUCGGCUUAUGGCUGGUGCCCCCUGGGACCACAGUGUCCUCAGUCUCACGAUAUUGACCUUAUCAUUGACACUGACGAGGCUGCGGCAGAGGACAAGCGGCGACGGCGACGACGUAGGGAAAAACGGAAGAGGGCUUUAUUGAACCUACCGGGGACACAGACCUCUGGGGAAGCUAAGGAUGGUCCUCCCAAGAAGCAGGUCUGUGGGGAUAGCAUCAAGGCUGAAGAAACCGAGGAGAAGGUGGCUGCCGAUGAAACUAGGAACCUGCCUCACUCCAAGCAAGGCAACAAAAAUGACUUAGAGAUGGGGAUUAAGGCAGCAAGGCCUGAAAUAGCUGAUAGAGCUACCUCAGAAGUGCCAGGGAGCCAAGCCAGUCCUAACCCAGUGCCUGGGGAUGGAUUGCACCGGGCUGGUUUUGAUGCCUUUAUGACAGGUUAUGUGAUGGCCUAUGUGGAAGUGAGCCAGGGACCGCAGCCCUGCAGCUCUGGACCCUGGCUCCCUGAAUGCCACAAUAAGGUAUAUUUGAGUGGCAAAGCUGUACCCCUCACAGUGGCCAAGAGCCAGUUCUCUCGUUCCUCCAAAGCCCACAAUCAGAAGAUGAAGCUCGCUUGGGGCAGUAGCUGAUGCAACUUCCACCUUGCUCUCAGGUGGAACAGAGGUAUUUUGGGUCUCUCUAGCCUGAAGUGUCAUCCUCAACUGCUACUGAGUUUAGGGGAGGGGGAAUGUCCUGACAGACUUCACUGCAUUGCCCUGGACCGCCUCCUUUAUCCCAGUGUUUGAGGUACAAGUAAGAAGGCUGACCAGCACCUGUAACACUGACUUUAUUUUUAAGUCUGAAAAUGUCUUGGGAAAGUUUUACAAAAAAAAAAAAUCAACAGAAGCAAGUUAUGAAAAUA